AUGCGUAUACCCAAGAUACCAAUCCUAUUCGUUGGAUCCCUGGGAGCAAUCGGAGCCUGGUAUGCUUACAGAGGUGAUGGGCCAGAGCAUCUUCUCAAAACCCAACCAUUAUCAGUAUCGCCACAGUCUAGCAGGGGUCUAAGCACCACAGCAGAUACUCCACGGUCUUCUCCAGAAGCUGCUGACCCUGCGUCGGUGACUACAGGUCCCGAACAAUAUCGGAAGGCAUUGGUAGUUGACAACGAUCAAUUCUUCACCGGGUCCAUCGUGGGCGACGGUCCUUUGGCCAAGGACACAGAUGACUACGGCAGGAAGGUCUUAGAGAUGAUGACCCCUGAGCAAGCCACAGAAAGAUUACGCAAGAAUGAACAAUCAUUCCUCGUCGGCAGAGGACGGGGUGUGGUGAGAUAUGAUAUGGUCCAGCUUCCCAGCAACGACCCAAUUGAGGAUGACCAUGCAGAGAAGAUCGUCGAAGUUCCGAAUACAGUCGCUGCCACAGAGGGUUCAGCAUCAUCGGAUUGGAUGUUCUGGGGUGUUUUCGAUGGUCAUUCCGGAUGGACUACCUCUGCCAAACUGCGGCAGGUCUUGAUCUCUUUUGCCGCCCGCGAACUUAAUCGCACCUACAAGGCGGCUCUUUCAGACGCAAAAUCCCCCUUUCCAUCACCCGCAGCUAUUGACCAAGCCCUCAAAUCCGCCUUCGUCAAACUGGACAACGAAAUCUGUUUGGACAGUGUCAAUAAACUCAGCAAAACCCCUAGCAAACGGCUUGCUGCCGAAAUACUUGCACCUGCUCUAUCAGGCUCCUGCGCACUGCUGUCCUUCUACGACUCGCAGUCCAAGACCCUCCGCGUCGCAUGCACUGGGGAUUCCCGCGCCGUGCUUGGCCGUCGCAACCCGCAAACGGGUAAGUGGUUUGCCACGCCACUCUCAGAAGACCAGACCGGCUCCAAUCCCAACGAAGAAGCACGCAUGCGCGCCGAACAUCCAGGCGAGGACUACGUUAUUCGAGCUGGACGGGUCUUGGGCAAUCUGGAACCGACUCGCGCAUUCGGGGAUGCAUUUUAUAAAUGGUCGCGAGAAACGCAGGAUCGAAUCAAGAAGAACUUCUUUGGAAGGACGCCGCAUCAGUUGCUGAAAACUCCACCCUAUGUCACUGCAGAGCCUGUGGUGACGAGCACAAAGAUCAACCCCUCUGAUGGUGAUUUUCUGGUGAUGGCCACGGACGGGCUGUGGGAGAUGCUGACAAAUGAAGAAGUUGUUGGGCUCGUGGGUCAAUGGAUUGAACAUCAAAACAAACUUGCCAGUAGCAAGGGAUCCUCUGGGACGAAUACUGCUGCUUGGUUGACGAGUUGGUUCAAAUCAACGCCCAGUGGGCUACCAGUUGAGAAAGGGGGAAAUAUGGACAAGACUGGCCGCAUUGACACCUCCUCUAGCCAGAAGGACGCAAAGGAUGGCAAAACCUCCAACACCAACAACGUGGAGAAGCCCAUCCGACAGCAACAAUGGGACAUUCCUGCUUCACCCCCUUCCACCUCUAAUCGCUUCGUGGUCGAGGACAAGAACUGUGCAACUCACCUCAUCCGGAACGCAUUGGGUGGGAAAGACAAGGACAUGGUGUGCGCGCUGCUCACGUUGCCGAGCCCUUACAGCCGCCGGUACAGAGAUGACUUGACCGUCCAGGUCAUAUUUUUCGGUGAGGCUGGUGAAGCCGAUGGCAAGGUCGUGAUCAACGACGAAGCAACGGCACGACAGACACAGAAGAUUGAGGACGGGCAACUGAAGGCGAAGCUAUGA